AUGCGCUGGACUGGCGUUCUCCGCAUUGAGCGGAGGGUCUCUCAUGACCUUUGGCUUUGUGCACAGGUUCUCACAGGUACCUCUUGCACCUUGGCCAGUUCCACCGAGUUAGGAGAUGUUCGAAUUACGAUCUAUGGAGCCUUGGUUGCGAGUGAGGGCGCGGGGUUUGCCCUUUCAUGCGACCACGACACGAAGAUCGUCCCUAUCCCGCUAUGUUCACCGAUCCCCACAUGUGCCAAAGAGGUCUGUAGUGGCUUGGCUAGCAUGAGUUUGAGCGCCGCUGCACUUGGUAUUGCACCGGUUGCUGCUAUGGACAUUAGCCCACUGGUGACGGCCCACUUGGACCUGAAUGGUCACCAGAAUGUGAUUCUUGGCGAUGUGAAUCAUGAUGCUGAUUUGUAUCGCAUUCAUUGCUGUGGGCCACCCUCCGGAUGCCUGUGGCUUGCAGGCUUCCCCUGUCAGGCCUUCUCACGCCAGGGAGACCGAAGAGGUUUUGAAGACCGUCGUGCCUCCACCUUUUACGGGGUCUUGAAAGGGGCCUGGUACAACCAGGCAGCCAUGGUCAUGUUGGAGUGCGUUGCCGAGGUCAAUCAAUAUGAGGAAAUCCACGAUGGAUUGCGAGCACUGGCUGCGGCCCUUGGACUUAGGCUGCUGACUAAGGUCCUAUCGUUGGAACACACCUGGCCUUGUCGCAGGACUCGAUGGUGGGCUGUCCUGAUUCCUCCUCAGAUGAUGUUGACGCAGCUUCAACCUAUGCCCUCCUUUGGCUAUGACUCGGUGGACAAGAUCAUUCCCGUGUGGGGUCGAUGGGCACAGUCCGAUGAAGCUCAGCUGGAACUGGGUGGCCUUGAAUUGCAGCUCUUGCAUGAUCCAUCCAUGGGACAUGAUCAGAGAGUCCUCCAGACAUCCGGCUGCUGUGCAACGUUCCUACACUCGUAUGGCAGUGCACUGGCACCUUGCCCAUGUGGCUGUCGGUCAGCAGGACUGAGCCCACAACGUCUUGCUCGUGGUGGUCUUCGUGGAGUCUACGUGCAUUCAUGUGCCUCCAACCUUCCUCGCUGGUUGCAUCCUCGGGAGGUAGCUUUGUUGCAAACUUUGCCGCCUGAUCUUCGCAUCGCAGAUGACCUGAAGGCGACUCUGGCGCUCCUUGGUCAGGUAGCGGCGCCUGCUCAGGCGCUUUGGGUCUUGGCACAAUGCUUCAGCUCUAUGCUUGGUUCGACGGUGGUCCCUGAGCAUGUCUUGCGCUCCUAUUUGGAACGACUUCGGCUUAUGGCACAUCAUACCCUUCCUCAGCACGGGCCAGAUGUUGUGAUUCGACCACAUGUUGGAGAUACCACGGAUGCCGAUCUCGUCUUCCUGACCUCCUCAGGCACAUUGGUGAGAGACAUGCGAGCAGCGAUCAACCGCUGGGACUGCACCCAGGUACACUGGCUACAUGACCAAGGUUACGUGGUGCCUGAUCAUGCAUUUCUUCAGCACUCUGGACGAACAGGCAAGUAUGAGUUGGUUACAACGCCAGCAACAGCAAGUAUGCCCUCAGCUACUCAGCUCCUCAAGGUGACUGUUCAAUGUGAUUAUGGUGACCUGCAAGCAUUGUUGAAGGCUGGCAGCUUUGUCUUCCAAGCGUUCUGGCAUUUGCGGCUCCAGGUGCAACCAUGUCGAUACAAUGACAACCACGGCGCUGUCUGGUUCGCUGAUUCACGAGUGUGGGAUGACCUUACCCUGAUUGAGGCGCCUGUCCUCUCCAUGGAUUGCACUGAGCCACUUGGCUCUAUUUCUCCUGCCUUGACUCCUUUGGUUGAUUGCGAGGUGCUACAAAGCUCCAUCCAGCAAAUCACUGCGGAUAAGUUGCCACCUGGUGCAUAUUUGCUGCCGCUCAAAGAAAGCAUGGCUCUUGCUCAACCAGCUUAUGUUCCUCCGGAGACUGUCAGGUUGCUCAGUCACGGUGCCUCCAUGAUCUUGGGCAUCUUCCAGGGCUGCAACCAUUGGGCCUACUUUGUGGCAGUCAGAUCCGCUUCAGAAGCAUCCUUGCAUUACUUUGAUGGUUUGGCGCAUCUGCUGCAUCCAGAGAUCAAGAACAUUGCAUGCUGGGUCAAGCACCUGUGGGGAGCCCGUCAGGUUGCUAUCCACUAUGACCGUUGCAUCAUUCAAACUCGAGAAGAGGUCAGUGCAGUGAUCGCUCUGGGCCACCUGGCGUUGACGUGUGGACUACAGUGCAUUCCCACCUGCGAACAGCUUGCGCAAGUCCACCAGGCUCUCCUUCCAGUCUCGCAAGUGACUGUCGAGGAUGAGGAGGUCAUGGUCACAUCAGUCGGCCUGGAUAUGGUCACCCUCCAAGAGGCCAUGGAAGAGGUCAUUGGCAUUGCUGAUGUACCAGUGUGUGCGCCUCCGGUUGCCUUAGUCCAUGCAUGGAUGCAAGGGGAUGAAGAUGCCUUGACCGACUAUGUCUCAGGCCACAAGCUUGAUGUGUCGCCAUUGGCCUGUAUGGUCUGCCUGACGCAUCACUGGUUUCUUGUGGCGCUGACAUGUACUGGCGACUGGCUGGAUGUGGAUUACUAUGAUGGCCUCACUCACUGCCAUGAAGACAGGGUCCGAAGCCUUGCCACCUGGGCAGUUGAACAGUACAAGUUGAAGGGCUAUGUCAUGAACUACACCACGAUGCAUGGGCAAAAAGAGCCUGAUCAAUGUGGGGUAGUGGCACUGGCCAAUUUGAUGGGUGCUUUGCAGGUCAAUCAAACUAUGGCUCCCGUUGAGUUGGACCUUUGGCGUGAUCUUCUCAUGGCUCGCAGUCGCGGUCGAGGAGGCCCACGCGGAUGCGGUGGUGACUAUGCCAAUGUUGCUCCGCUACCAUCCAGAUUGGCUACGCUCCUUGAACAGAAGGGGGUCCCGGGAGACCGUUCCUCAGAGCGUGCAUUGGCAGGUCUACAGGUGGUGGGAGAGGCUGCUGUUGAAGCUGCACUCGCUUCCAAGAACCCAUGGGCUGAACUCAAACAGGUUGCAUCAAAGCCUACCAGAAGGUUCCUCUGGGUGAAGCAUGAUGAGCUCAUGUUGCAGGUCCGCAACAAAGCAGCGGGACAGUUUGGUGUGGCAGCAUCCAACAAAAGAUCCGAUCGAAAGAAACCACGAGCUGACCCAGGUCCGUUGACGCUGAACCCUGAACAGCUGAUGGUCAUGGCUGACCAAUUUGUUGAUGAAGCUGGUGAUCCGGUGGCAGCUAUUCCGUUCACUGGGGUCAAGAAUCAGGCCCAAGGACUUGCUUUGGCCACACCUGCACAGGUCAUUCCGUUUCUGGCCGAGGGGAAGUCCUUGAGUGUGGGGCCCUUAGCAGUGUUGACAGUUGGAGAAGUGCCACAUGACCAGCAUGGUCUACUACCUGUUGAUGCUAUUCGAUUCCCUGCCGAAUAUGUAGGCACCAAGGAGCCGAUCCUGGUUCAGGGUUCAUUGGUUCAGUUGGGUGACAUCACGGUGACCCGACUGCAGGACAAUGUCAAACCUUCCAUUGAAUCCAAUCGAACCUGUACACACCGCCUCACAGUUUUCCGUGAUGAGUGGGAAGCCUCUGAUCUUGGUUGGGAUGAAGUAUGUCGAGGCCCAGUUCGAGCCCUUUUUCAUCGGCAGCCUGCCUUGACUCUCUGUCGAGGCACGGCUUGCGGAGGUCAAUGUGCUAAGUACCAUGCUCCGGUUGAUGUUGAUUGUGACAGCUUGAUCACUGAUCUUUGGGACCGUCGAUGGAGCAAGAGUGAUGGAGGAGGUCGAGUUCAACCAGACAAGGCCGCAUGCUUCUCAAUACUCAUCCGAGUCCUUCAGCCUGCAGAUGACUGGAUUCAACAGAUCUCGGGCAAGAUUGGAAUCUAUGUUGAGCCACGACAGACGGAUGGCAAGGGCCCUCGUACUGAUUUUGGUGUCAUUUGGCUUCCUCAGGCUACACUCCAAGAUGCUGAACACCGUCAGAAGACAGUCGAAGGAGUGGUUGCCAUCACUCGAUUGGGGCAACGCUAUGGCCUGCGCUUCCAGGACUCAGCAAUGGAGGAGGCAUUCAAAAUCCUUCGUCCAAAAGAAGAAUACCACAAAGUGGCAGUUGACAAGAUCUUCCUGAUGUAUCCUCUGCCUCACGGCACCACCCGACAAGGUUUGCAAAAGAGCCUGAAGGAAUGGGGAUGGGACGCCAAACCCACGCAACCCACUCGAGGCGGCGCUGAAGGGGCAGGAUGGCAUGUUGGCAGUGCUAAUGCGCCACCUAAGGUGGUGUUACAAAGUGCCCAAGGAGAUGUUGUGGUCACACCGGUCCGCUCCAUGCAGGUGACUCGAGAGCCUUCGCAGGUGUUGAGUUCCUUCAAGACCCGAGCACAUCUGAAGACGCAUGCUGCCAGUAGCUCCAGUGGUGCGGUAGAUCCUUGGGUUCAACAUGGAGAUCCAUGGGCUUCGUUCAAGCCCACAGCGGUGACACCCGUGGUUGCCGCACCCCAACAGCCGCCUGCAGUACAAUCCAAGCUCAAGGAGGUGGAACAUAAGCUGAGAGCAGAUGUUCGGACAGCGGUUCGUCGGGAGUUGGAGGAGCAAGCCGCCUGUGAGGAUGAUGCUCGCAUGCAGUCAGAUUGGGAUAGUGAUGUGCGCCUAUGCCGAUUGGAAACAUCCAUGACCGAGCUCAAAGCGCAAAGUGCCCGCUAUGAACAAUGGUUUGAACACAGCUCUCAUGUUCAACAUGAGCUUGGUGCGCGAGUAGACAUGCUUGCCCAGGAUCUUCGUGCUCAGAGGGAGGACAUGCAAGCGCUGGAUGGUUCGACGCAGAAGCAAUGUUCGGAAACCAAAGCCUCAGUGGCGCAAAUCCGUGCUGAUGUGGCCGAGAGCAUGCAGAAGGGCUUUAAUCAGAUUGAAGCUAUGCUGGCAAAACGACCCCGCGUUGUUGAUGCCCAUUUGGGGGUGGCUGAAGGAUUGUCCGGUGCAGCAGUCUAUGCCUGGUCACCUGGUCCGACAUGGCCAGGAGCCAGGAAACUCACCGGGCGCCUCUUCGACACACUCACAGAUGUCAUGGUGCAUAACCGUCAGGGGUGCCGCUAUGUGAGUGGAGAUUUCAAUUUGAUGUUGGAGGAGAUUCCUGCCAUUGAGUACUGGCGAAGUCUUGGCUGGCGUGAAGUACAAGAAUUGGACUGGAUGCUGAACGGUGUCCCAGUCCGCCCAACAUGCAAAGGGGCCACCCAAAAGGAUUUUGUACUGGUCUCUCCAGAGUUAGCCGCACUCUUCCAUAGUGCGGAAGUUCUGCCGGUGUUUGCCGACCACUCUGCAGUGUUUGGCCGCUUCAAGAUACCCACCCAUUCAGUCGCGAGUUGGGUCUGGCCUAUGCCAGCUCGUACGGAUUGGAAGCAGGUGGAUGUAACUGGCUGGCAAGCUCAGUGGCAAGAUCCGUCUCAAGUGCAGUUAGCUAAAGGUGAUCACACACAUCAGUUCCGCUGCUGGGCUCGUGACUUUGAGCGCUUUGCACACUGGUGGCUGACACGCCGCAUCAAGUUGCAGGGAUCGCCAGAGACCUUGGAUGAUUUAGCGCCUUCUCCGCCCAUUGUGGCUCGCAUGUUUGACGACUUCUCCCACAACUUUAGGCAAUUUGAAUCUUGGAACUGCAGGAAACAGCGGGAAAUCAGCCGUGCUCGCUUGCAAGCUUUUCGACACCAAGCUUUCCAGCGCAUUCGCUCUCGCUCCAAAGACUAUGUGGACACACUGGUUGAGAGCGCUGAUGCUGAGAUUCUUGCAGUCUCGGAGCAGGGUGACCAAAUCCAACUUGAACAUCCGCUUGAGAAUACAAUACAUGACCACUUGUCCUGGUGGAUUGAUGACAUGACUGAGAUCCAGGUGGAGCAUGUGUCUCAUGAUCUCUAUCGAGUCACGGAAGCUGAUUGCAUCAUACAGGGAAUGUCUGGAGAUCACCUUCGUGAUCCCCUGGUGGAACUCAUGUCUUUGAGCCAUGGUGACAUCCUCCGAGUGCCAGUUUUGACAUUGGCUCGACAUAUUGGAGCACCUCCUCCAAUGCUCCAAGCCUGGGAAUCUUUCAUGACUCACAUGGAACGUAGGUUCAGUUCCAAGCGCGGGGUGCUACAGGUCCAGCACACACUUCCACAGCAGGUGUCCGGGAGGGAUGCGCGGGCGAUGAGUGUGGUCGAUCUUGCUUUCCACUGCUACAUGAAGGAGUUUGCUCCUAGGGUGCUGCUAAUCUCCUUUGUGGAUGACUUAGGCAUGCUGACAGCUCAAAUGCGAGAUCUGUUUCAGGGCACCGUCGUCAUGCAAGAGUUCAUGGCCAUGUGGCGACUGGAUCUUGACCAUCGCAAGACCUGGACCUGGUCCACUGCGCUGCAUGAACACCAUGACUCAAGCACACUUGGCUUUGAGGUGAAGACACAUGCUUCGGACUUAGGUGCGCAGUUGAGCUAUACUGGCCGGCGUCACGUUGAUCAGGUCCAACAACGGAUUGCAAGCCUUGGUCCGCUGUGGCCCAAGCUGCGUCGCAUGGAGGCACCUGAUGAACUGAAACGCUAA